AUGAUUAUGAUGAUAAGCGGCUUGGAGACAUCCGUCAGCUUUGUGAGUUCACAAUAUGAGGAUCUGAAGAAGUUAAUGAUGAGUAACUCUAAUGAGCUUAAAUCGUUGAAGGAGGAAAAUAGCGUUCUGCGUGGCAACUUAACUGCACUUGAACUUCGCGUAAAACAUAUUGAGAAUGAGAGUGCACGUCAUCAACAGUGGGCCCGUCUACAAAAUGUAGAAAUAAUGGGUGUUCCCGAGGAUGCUGAAGAGGAUACAUCCAAUAUCGUAUUGAGCAUUGCGAAACACAUCGGUGUUGACGUAGCUACAGAUGAAUUGGAAUUUGCACAUCGAAUUCAACCCUAUAAUUCUAAUAAAAGUUCCAUCAUAAGAAAUAUUGUAGCACGGUUCAGGCAGCGAUCGACGAAGGAUGUUUUUUGGCUGCAGCGCGGAAGAGGCGUGCCUUCUCCUGUGCUGAUGUGGGCCUGGGUGGCGAGGUGUCUAAAGACAGUCAAAUAUUUAUAA